AAAUCAGCUGCAACUGAAAAUGUCUGACAGCUUGGAUAACGAAGAAAAACCCCCAGCUCCCCCACUGAGGAUGAACAGUAACAAUCGAGAUUCUUCAGCACUCAACCACAGCUCCAAACCACUGCCCAUGGCCCCAGAAGAGAAGAAUAAGAAAGCCAGGCUUCGCUCUAUCUUCCCUGGAGGAGGGGAUAAAACGAAUAAGAAGAAAGAGAAAGAACGGCCAGAGAUCUCUCUUCCUUCAGACUUUGAGCAUACGAUUCAUGUGGGUUUUGAUGCAGUCACCGGGGAAUUCACUAACUCCCCUUUCCAGACCUCUAGACCUGUGACGGUCGCUUCAAGUCAAUCAGAGGGAAAAAUGCCAGAUCUCUAUGGCUCACAGAUGUGCCCAGGGAAGCUCCCAGAGGGAAUUCCUGAGCAAUGGGCACGCUUACUCCAAACCUCCAACAUCACAAAGCUGGAACAGAAGAAGAACCCACAAGCUGUUCUUGAUGUUCUCAAAUUCUAUGACUCCAAAGAAACAGUCAACAACCAGAAAUAUAUGAGCUUUACAUCAGGAGAUAAAAGUGCCCAUGGAUAUAUAGCAGCACAUCAGUCGAAUACCAAAACAGCUUCGGAACCUCCUUUGGCUCCUCCUGUAUCUGAAGAAGAGGAUGAAGAAGAGGAAGAAGAAGAAGAUGACAACGAGCCCCCACCUGUCAUUGCACCAAGACCAGAACAUACAAAAUCAAUCUAUACUCGUUCUGUGGUUGAAUCAAUUGCUUCACCAGCUGCACCAAAUAAAGAAGCCACCCCACCUUCUGCUGAGAAUGCCAAUUCCAGUACUUUGUACAGGAAUACAGAUCGGCAAAGAAAAAAAUCCAAGAUGACAGAUGAGGAGAUCCUAGAGAAGCUAAGAAGCAUUGUCAGUGUUGGGGACCCAAAGAAGAAAUAUACAAGAUUUGAAAAAAUUGGCCAAGGGGCAUCAGGAACUGUUUACACAGCACUAGACAUCGCCACUGGACAAGAGGUGGCCAUAAAGCAAAUGAACCUUCAACAGCAACCCAAAAAGGAAUUAAUUAUUAAUGAAAUUCUUGUCAUGAGGGAAAAUAAGAACCCCAAUAUUGUCAAUUAUUUAGAUAGCUACUUAGUGGGUGAUGAACUGUGGGUAGUCAUGGAAUACUUGGCUGGUGGCUCUUUGACUGAUGUGGUCACAGAAACCUGUAUGGAUGAAGGACAGAUAGCAGCUGUCUGUAGAGAGUGCCUCCAAGCUUUGGAUUUCUUACACUCAAACCAAGUGAUCCACAGAGACAUAAAAAGUGACAACAUUCUCCUCGGGAUGGAUGGCUCUGUUAAACUGACUGAUUUUGGGUUCUGUGCCCAAAUCACUCCCGAGCAAAGUAAACGAAGCACUAUGGUGGGAACUCCCUAUUGGAUGGCUCCUGAGGUGGUAACUCGAAAAGCUUAUGGUCCAAAAGUUGAUAUCUGGUCUCUGGGAAUCAUGGCCAUUGAAAUGGUGGAAGGUGAACCCCCUUACCUUAAUGAAAAUCCACUCAGGGCCUUAUAUCUGAUAGCUACUAAUGGAACCCCAGAACUCCAGAAUCCCGAGAGACUGUCAGCUGUAUUUCGUGACUUCUUAAAUCGCUGUCUUGAGAUGGAUGUGGAUAGACGAGGAUCUGCCAAGGAGCUUUUGCAGCAUCCAUUUUUAAAAUUAGCCAAGCCUCUCUCCAGCCUCACUCCUCUGAUUAUCGCUGCAAAGGAAGCAAUCAAGAACAGUAGCCGUUAG